UUGCCAAGUAGUUUUCAUUAACUUAAGUUUCUCGCUAGAAGGACUGCAAGUUGACCACAAUGAUUUCACGCCUUUUCUAAUCUGGUUCUUGAUUUUUUUUCWAAAGUUUAUAGAAACAUACAAGCCUAUUAUAAUGGAAGAGAAUUUCAAUCAAUCGAGUCAAUACAAUGAUGAAAAAGACCUGGCCAUACUUGUGGAAUCAUUACGUUCAUAUGAAACACUGGAACCUCAAACAAGAAGAGAAGCYUUCAGUAUCAUCAGGACCCUUUUGUCACAGAAUAAGGUAACACAGAAUUAUUUCAGAGAGCUUCAAGGAGUAGAGUUAAUGGUAAACAUUUACCAGCACUUCAGUAAAGAAAAGGAUGUCGAAGUAAUUGACAAUGCACUGUAUACUCUGAGUGUGGCAACAGAGCAAAAUAAUUUAACUAGACAAGAACUGAUGAAACCAGAGMUGUUUGCAAUGAUCACAGGAGCAAUAAAGUUAUCAUUGGUUCCAUCAGCAUAUCUCUUACUUUGUCUGACAUCUAAUAAUGUUCCAGGACAGGACCUUUCAAGGACAUCUCACUGUAUUACCAAACUCUGCAGUGAGCUCAAAGCAAAGCUUGCUGUUGAAGAAGAAACAAAAGAAACAUUGGUGGCCUGYGAUGCUYUUUGUACAACUUUGUGUGCUAUGAUCUCAAACCCAGUAAAUAGUUCAAACCAGGACAUUUGCUGUCGGCUGCUCCUGCCAACACUUGUMAGAACCUUAUACCAGGAUAUCAACAGACAAACCCUUCAGUCUAUAAUUAACUUGAUUGGAUGUUGUAUUAUUGACAACRAUGAUGUUCAGAAAUGUCUUUGUGUAGUUGGUGGUAUUCGAGCAGUGGCAGCCCUAUUGUCAAAGUCAUUGAGUGAACAACAUGUUGAUAGCCAGCCAGACAAAAAGUUCAUGAUGUGUUUAGUUAAUACUCUAUCUUGUUCAUAUACUAACAGUCCUGUCAAUAAGAUUCAGGCAUUAGACCUCGAUGUUGUGGAGGGACUUCUCAGAUGUUUAAAGUUAUUCAGUGAUUUGGAAAAAGAUUCUGAGCUACAAAUCACUUGUGUGUCUGCUUUGCUGAAUGUGCUUGUGGAUGGAGAUGACAAUGUUCUAGAUACUGGAAAACAAAAGUUUCAAGAUGGUGGAGGAAUCGCAGAACUUAUUGAGUUACUGACAACUAAGAAUGAGAAGUUGAAAAAGUUGGUCACAGUUCUUCUUCACAAAACAUUUGACAAAGAAGCAAUCUCAUCUAAUGGUAGCAGAAGUACAAUAACAGCCACUGAAACCAAUUGCAAUUCACCUGACGAUGGGCAUGUUGAAAUGCCACUGGUUGAAGCUAAUUCUACAAAUGAUUCUGAAGAUGAGAUUCCUAAUAUAACAUCAAGUGGCUUGAUAGCAAGCAAUAACCACCGUAAAUGCCAGUGCAAGAGUAUUCCAUAUGUUGACAGCCAUAAUGUCCUUCAGGUCCUGAAUAGCAACAUGGUCUGUAGCUAUCACAAUUCUUUAGGCAGAGCAAUAUUGAGAUACUUAGCAAAGGUAACUGAAGUAAAAAGCAUGUCAAGUUUACUUCUCUGUGAUAUUCCUACACACUUGUUUCUCCUUGUUUUCUUUCCGUUGUAA